AUGGCAACUGGUAUCAAGAGAAAACGUUCUGCAUAUGACGCUUCAUUCAAGCUCAAAGUUGUUGAUCAUGCUGAAAUUCACGGAAAUCGAGCAGCUAGCCGAGAAUUCACUGUACCAGAGACGAAUGUUAGAGAAUGGAGAAAACAGAAAGUCGUCCUGAAAGAUAUGAAUAAAACAAAAAAAGCACAACGAGGGAGAAGAGCCAUGUACCCAGAUAUGGAGAAGGAACUUUAUGAAUGGAUCAUUGACCAAAGAAGUAGUGGGUACAUUGUCACAUCACUCCACAUUAGACUUAAAGCCCAAAAGUUUUGCAAAGAUUCAAACUUCAAAGCCUCUAAUGGAUGGACACAAAAGUUUAUGAAAAGGCAUGGACUUGCAAUACGCCAGAGAACAAAGAUAGCACAGAAGCUACCUAAUGAUUUAGAAGAGAAGAUUGCUUCAUUCCAUACCUUUAUAAUCAACCAACGCAAGCAGAUUAAUUUUGAACUUUCACAGAUAGGCAAUAUGGAUGAGACCCCCAUGUGUUUUGACCUACCAGGCAACAGGACAAUUGACAGCAAAGGGAAGCACACAGUCCAGAUUAGAACCACAGGCCAUGAGAAAACUCAUUUUACCGUUGUGUUAUCCUGUAUGGCAGACGGUUUUAAACUUAAACCAAUGGUGAUUUUUAAAAGAAAGACUAUUCCAAAAGGAGUUAAAUUUCCACCAGGUGUCGUGAUCCAUUGUCAUCCUAAAGGAUGGAUGGAUGAAAAGGGAAUCAUUUUAUGGUUAAAUAAAGUUUGGAAUACUAGACCAGGCGCAAUCCUGAAGAAAUCCAUGCUUGUAUGGGACCAGUUCCACUCACACCUGACAGACACUGUGAAGGACAAACUGAAAAGUCUAAAAACAUUUCAAGCUGUGAUUCCAGGUGGACUAACCUCUAUUCUUCAGCCACUAGAUGUCGUUUUAAACAAACCCUUCAAAGACAGAGUCAGGGAAAAGUGGAUUACCUGGAUGAAAUCCGACGACAAAGAAUUGACUGCAAAAGGAAACCUCAAGAAACCUGGUCUAUCUCUCGUGACAUCCUGGGUUAAAACAUCAUGGGAAGACAUACCAAAAGAAAUGAUCAUCAAGAGUUUUUUGAAGACAGGCAUCAGCAAUAAAAUGGACGGCACAGAAGACGACCUGCUGUGGAAUUCAGACUCAGAAGAAAGCGAAGAAACUGGAGAAACAGAUGUUCCUGCCAACUGGGACACUGAUGAAAAAUUAACUCGAGAAGAAUGGGAACAAGUCUUUAGUGUAUCUGAUGAUGAAUCUGUCUUUGAAGCAUUUUAA